AAACAUUCGACGCCGUCCGUUGUCGAGCGUCAGCGCUCAACAUGGCGCAGUCGUUCCCUUAUACGUACUAUUCAUGUCCAUGUUAUGAUGCAAGCGGUGCGAUUCCUACGUCUAUAGCCGCAAAACGAGCUUCACAGCUCUCCGCUGGCUCUGCACAAGACGAUGACGAAGAUGAGCAAACGUUCGACCCGCAGUCUUCGCGCGCCAACUACUCAUUGUUCCCGAUAGAACACCUCCUCUAUUGUGCCGAUUGCAAACAAAUACGAUGCCCAAGAUGCGUCACAGAGGAGGUACUAUGUUGGUUUUGCCCGAGCUGCCAGCUUGAAGCAGGAAGCUCGGCUGUCAGGGGUGAUGGGAAUAGGUGCCAGAGAAAUUGUCUCAAUUGUCCUGUCUGCAUUGCACCAAUGCAAGUAUCCUCACUCAAACCAUCGGUCCCCAAUUAUCAGCUUUCCGAUGAGGAGGCUAGAGGGUCCGACGGACCGUGGAUUCUACAGUGUCUGUACUGUCAGUGGACUUCUCUUGAUAUUGGAGUCCAUUUCGAAAAGAUCAGUGGGAUUGCAAAGCAGUUGCUGGACAUCAAGAAUGGCGGGGAAUUAGUACCACCACAAAGAGAAAGAGACAAAGACCGCAAGCUGAAGAUUGAUCUCCUUGACAAAAGAAGGCAUCCAGAUGACUAUAGGCCGGAAGAACGACCGAAAGCAGACGAAGGAAAGCAUCUCCAAGCGGACGAUGCGGCCCCUACUGAACCUGUGGAUUUCGACGAGCAAUACGCAAACCUCCUUGCAUUCUAUCGUUCGCAGCUUUCUCGCGAGAAAUCAUCCAAUGACCAUAGUCGGCAUUCGAAGUACUUGAGCCGAUUGCUUUCGGCGACUGGUCGCGCCAGGUCAAAUGACACAAAAGCACGGACUAUGACUGAAGCUCGCAAUGUGGACGAAGGUCUGACACUCGUCUCCUCUAAAUUUGAAGCCCUCAAAAUACAACGAAUGAAAGAAGGAGGUUGGGAAAACACUGUCGAUGCUACUCAACGCCUCCGUCAAAUUAAUCCCACUGUUCGGUUCUCCUCCGAACUACGUCCUUUGCCAACCCACUUACGGACGAAGCGAACCAAACGCUGCCGACAAUGUCGACAAAUCCUAUCACGACCAGAGAACAAGGUCGUCUCACAUCGCUACAAGAUCAAGUUGCUAGCGCUCAACCAAAUCCCACGUCUCUCCAUUCGAGCGCUCGCCGCGCCGCCUUUGCCCUUUCCUGGUGCAAGUCUUGCGCCUGGUAUCACACCAUUCAAGUACGACAGUCUAAGUCCAUUUUCGACAACUCAGUAUCUCCUGACCCUCACAAAUCCUCUCUUCGAUCCCAUAAAAGUGACGCUCGCCACGCCAUCCAUGACCUCAGGACGCAUACAGUCGAAGAUAACAGUCCUCUGCCCCCAAUUUGACGUUGGCGCAAACACAGAUGUCUGGGACGAAGCACUAGGUAGCGGCUCGGCGCGCCGCGGCGAUGCUGUGGCACCAGGAGGCCCCGGUGCGCAAGCGCAGGCUGAAGCCGGCAAGGUGUGGGACAAAGGCCGCAAUUGGACGAGUGUGAUUCUGGAGGUCGUACCAGGGCGUUUUGUUCCGAAGGACGAUAAGACUUCUGCGCCCGAACAGGAUGGUGGAGUUGAUGACGAUGAGGAUUACUUGCGAAGCAAAGGCUUGCGAGAAGACGAGGAUGUGCUUGAGAUACCCAUAUUUGUGCGCAUCGAGUAUGAAACGGAGUCCACGGCGGUGGAAGAUCGAGAGAGGGGGACUGCCCUGAGUGCGUCACUAGGCAAUGCGCGGGGAGAUUCGCGUGGAGAUGCAGGAAAGGGAAAGGAAAGGAGAGAGGAAGCGUUCUGGUGUGUGUUGGGUGUUGGAAGGAUUGCUUUGGGUUGAACAAGUAUAUCAAUGGCUAGAGCAAACGAGCUACCAAUCGAUAUGAGAGAGCUCUAGUUUCUCCUCUGCCAUUGAGCUAUGUCUCAUCUUCUUGUGACCCUGUCUAGAAGCUGCUCUGAAGCUGCAGAACGACCUAUAGUUCUCAGCAUGGGCCUAGAUUCUCACCUUCUCGUCGCUAGGACUGGUCACCAACUGAACUACAUGUGUUUGGCUGGUUUGGGCGACUUGUGAGAAGAUCAAGUCGCCUGUGUGACUACCGAAGCGUCAGUCUGACCCAUAGCCUUUGAUGCAGCCAGGAUUACCAAUAGCAUCACAUACAAAGCACAU